AUGGCAUUCAGGGAUGUGGCUGUGGAUUUCACUCAGGAGGAGUGGCGGCUGUUGAGUUCUGCUCAAAGAGCCCUGUACAGGGAGGUGAUGCUGGAGAACUACGGCAACCUGGUCUCUCUGGGAAUUCCAUUUUCUAAACCCAGACUCAUCACCCAGCUAGAACAAGGGAAAGACACCUGGAGAGAGGAGACAAAAUGUCCACCAGCCAUCUGUCCAGGUGAUAGUGAGCCAGAAAUCCAGCUGUGUCCUUUCUGCCCUCCGGAUUUCUCCAGCCAGAAAUUCCACAUGCAACAUGUGCUAUGCAGUCAUCCCCCUUGGAUGUUCACUUGUUUAUGUACUGAGAAUCAAGUCCAGCAAGGGGAUUGCUACCCAGAGAAACAGAAGAAGCAGCAGCAUCCAUCUGAUGAAAUAUCCUGGUGUGAUGAACCAAAAAGUCAAGAGAGAGAAGGUGCCAAACCUAUGUUUGGGAGGACAACGAAAAGGACUUUAGGCACUUUCUCCAGACAGCCAAUCAAAUCUAGGAAUGGCAUCAGAAGUGUGGAAAUAGAGACCAGCCCAGCUCAGAGAGACAUCCCUGAGGAAACGGAUAGAUUAUUGAAGAAGAUAGAAGUCUUAGGAUUUGGAGCAGUCAACUGUAGAGAGUGUGGACUAGGCUUCAGCAAGAUGACAAACCUACUCAGUCACCAGAGGAUACACUCAGGGGAGAAGCCGUAUGUGUGUGGGGUGUGUGAGAAGGGCUUUAGUCUAAAGAAAAGCCUUGCGAGACACCAAAAGGCACACUCAGGGGAGAAACCUAUUGUGUGCAGGGAGUGCGGGCGAGGAUUUAACCGGAAGUCAACACUCAUCAUCCAUGAGCGGACACACUCAGGUGAAAAGCCGUAUAUGUGCAGUGAGUGUGGGAGAGGCUUUAGUCAAAAGUCAAACCUCAUCAUACACCAGAGAACACACUCAGGGGAAAAGCCUUAUGUGUGUAGGGAGUGUGGGAAAGGCUUUAGUCAGAAAUCAGCUGUAGUCAGACACCAGAGGACACAUUCAGAGGAGAAGACUAUUGUGUGCAAUGAUUGUGGUCUAGGCUUUAGUGAUAGGUCGAACCUUAUCUCACACCAGAGGACACAUUCAGGGGAAAAGCCUUAUGCUUGCAAGGAGUGUGGACGAUGCUUUAGGCAGAGGACAACUCUUGUCAAUCACCAGAGGACGCAUUCAAAGGAGAAGCCUUAUGUGUGUGGGGUAUGUGGGCACAGCUUUAGCCAGAAUUCAACCCUCAUCUCACACAGAAGAACACACACUGGGGAGAAACCUUACGUGUGUGGAGUGUGUGGGCGAGGCUUUAGUCUAAAGUCUCACCUCACCAGACACCAGAACAUACACUCAGGGGAUAAACCCAUUGUGUGCAAGGAUUGCGGUCGAGGCUUUAGCCAGCAAUCAAAUCUCAUCAGACAUCAGAGGACACACUCAGGGGAGAAGCCCAUGGUGUGUGAAGAUUGUGGGCGAGGUUUCAGCCAGAAGUCAAACCUGACAGCACACCAGAGGACACAUUCAGGGGAAAAGCCUUAUGUGUGCAGGGAGUGUGGGAGAGGCUUCAGUCACCAGGCAGGUCUCAUCAGACAUAAGAGGAAACACUUAAGGGAGAAACCUUAUACAUGCCGGCAUUGUGGACUUGGCUUUAACAAUAAGUCAACUUUCAUCACACAUAAACGGUUACACUCUGAAGAGAAGCUUUGUGUAUGCAGAGAAUGUGGUCAAGGCUUUAUCCAAAAGUCACACCUUCUCUUACACCAGAUGGCACACAACAGUGAGAAGCCCUAUGUGGGCAGGACAUGCAGACAAGGCUUUAACCAGAAGGCGUACCUCAGUAGACACAAGAGAGUAAAGUCUGGCUAUCAUAAGCCAUCACUUCAAGCUGAUUUGGAGACUUGUUCAGGGCAAUCUUCUAUCCCCUUGCACUCCCUUUGA